AUGAACUUUGGCCGCGGCCCCUCGGUGGUGUUGAACGUCGGGGGCACCCGGUACUCUUUCUCCCGGGAGGUGCUGAAGGAUUUCCCGCUGCGCCGGGUGAGCCGCUUGCACGGCUGCCUCUCGGAGCAGGACGUGCUGGAGGUGUGCGACGACUACGACCGGGAGCGGAACGAGUACUUCUUCGACCGGCACUCGGAGGCCUUCGGCUUCAUCAUGCUGUACGUGCGGCACGGCCACCUGCGCUUCGUGCCGCACAUGUGCGAGCUCUCCUUCUACAAUGAGAUGAUCUACUGGGGGCUGGAGGGCUCCCACCUCGACUACUGCUGCCAGCGCCGCCUCGACGACCGCAUGUCCGAGACUUGCACCUACUACGCGGCGGAGGAGCCGCCAGGGGAGCCGGCCGGCGGCCCCAAGGGCAAGGGCCGGCGGCCGCCGGGAGCCGAGAGCGGGAAGUGGCUGGAGAGGAUGAGGAGGACUUUCGAGGAGCCCACGUCUUCCGUGGCCGCCCAGGUCCUGGCCACCGUCUCCAUCCUCUUCGUCAUCGUGUCCAUGGUGGUGCUGUGCGCCAGCACCCUGCCCGAGUGGCGGGCGCCGGAGAACCGCAGCGUGGAGGAGCAGAGCAGGUACACAGCAGAGUCAGUGAGGGAGCCCUCAGGGAUAAUUGAAGCUAUCUGCAUAGGCUGGUUCACUGCAGAGUGCAUUGUGAGGUUCAUCGUCUCCAAAAACAAGUGUGAGUUUGUCAGAAGACCUCUCAACAUCAUUGAUUUACUAGCAAUCACUCCUUACUACAUCUCUGUUCUAAUGACAGUUUUCACGGGGGAAAAUUCUCAGCUUCAGAGGGCUGGAGUCACCUUGAGGGUCUUAAGAAUGAUGAGGAUUUUUUGGGUGAUUAAACUGGCUCGUCAUUUCAUUGGCCUCCAAACACUUGGUCUGACUCUGAAGCGUUGUUACAGAGAGAUGGUGAUGCUACUUGUCUUUAUCUGUGUUGCUAUGGCAAUUUUCAGUGCACUUUCCCAGCUUCUUGAAAAUGGGCUGGACUUGGGAACAAAGAAUAAGGAUUAUGCCAGCAUUCCUGCUGCUUGUUGGUGGGUGAUCAUCUCGAUGACCACGGUUGGUUAUGGUGACAUGUGUCCCAUCACCGUACCAGGAAGGAUUCUUGGAGGAAUUUGUGUGGUUAGUGGCAUUGUUUUAUUAGCCUUGCCGAUCACUUUCAUUUAUCACAGCUUUGUGCAAUGUUACCAUGAGCUCAAGUUCCGAUCUGCUAGGUACAGUAGAAGCCUCUCUGCUGAAUUCUUAAAUUGA